CCAGAGAUGACAUCGCAUCGGGUACAAGGCAAAGGCGACGCUAGCCUGUUUCAAUUCGACUUUCACGUUGAUGCCGAGAACCAUGAUGGCCAUCAAAGGGUCGUCGCUCGGGUUUCACGAUCCAGCUUCCGGGAAUCCGCUGCAAAUCCGCUGCCUACCGCCGACCGUCACCGCAUCGACGUCGACCUCGCGGCCCAGAGGCAGUUCCAGCGACUCCAGCAACUUCAGGGGGUCGACUGCUGUCACGACCGUUGGGCCGGGAUGCUUUCACACCUUCAGCCUUUCUACGGAUAGGUAACCCUGGACUGUGCAUCCCUCGCGGCGACUACCCUUCGGUAUUUACAUACAAUACAUGUCUUUGUAAAUGGGCACCCCGGACCCCCCAGGGGCCAACGAUGCGCCCCAGCGAACAGAGUUGAAUACGUACAUACAUGUCAAGGGGAAGG